AAAUUCCCGCGCGCGCGGACCAUGAUGCGCGAGACCAGGAGCAGGAGGGCAGGCAGGGCUCCGGCGAGAACUGCCGCAGGCACCAGGACCACACAGCCUGACAGACACCCGGCGAUCGGCGUGCCACACACGUAGAAACCACUGCAGAAGUGGCCAAAGCGCUGUGGCCGCAGCCCGCUUGCGAGGCGCACUGGCACUCCGCAGCUGACGACGACCCGGCAGUCCGGCACACCGCCUCUUUCCGUGUAGGCUGGCCGCCGCCACCAGCUCGAAACCAUGGAAGUCGCGGCCGUGGCGUGCCGCGCCGGGCUGCUUGCGCGGGCCCGUCCAAGCAGCAGGGCGCGUACGUGGGCCGUUGCCGUCGGCCCCGCCCCGUCCGCCGCUAGAAGAAGGUUGCUCGUCGCGUCGCUCGGGGUCGGGGAGCCACUCCCGGCGCAAUCCCUGGGCGAGGAGGCCGUGGCGCUGGAGGUAAUCCGAUUCCGAUGCCGUCUUGCCGUGGGUGAGGAGGAGGAUGAUCUGAACUCCAUUGUUUCCGUCGAAAACCUGCCUCCCGCUGCUGCUCACGUUCCUGAGGCAAGGAGGACAACAGUGCGCGUCAGGUUCGUGCUGAGGAAGCAGUGCGCCUUCGGCCACCAGUUCCUCGUCGCCGGCGACGACGCGGCGCUCGGGCUUUGGGAUCCAGCUAAGGCGAUCUCCUUGGUUUGGUCAGAAGGCCACGUCUGGACGGCGAACACGGAUUUGCCGGCGAACAGGUCGAUCGAGUUCAAGUUCUUGCUGCGAGAUGCCUCGGGGCAUGCGCAUUGGCAGCACGGCGCUAACAGAACUCUGCGAAUUACUACUGAAACCCCAAACACCGUAGUUGUCCACGAAGACUGGGAUCACGGCAACAAACAGAAAGUGUCAGAGGAGGAAGAGCUCUCCAUCGGGGAAGAUGUGAUGUUUCCAGAUGAUCUUGCGGGAACAGAUGGCGCAAGCGCAAUGCCGGCAGAUAAUCCCGAGAAGCAUCAGAAUGUGGAGACUGACAGUGACAGGUCGGCUGCGGUGGUUGCAGAUGCUCCUCCGCAGCAGGAAAUGGUAGCAGCAAACGGAACGGGCCAACCGCAGCUGGUGGUGGACGGGCACAAGACGAUUCUUGAAGAGGUCCCCGGAGAAGAAAACGGCACCCUUUCUGCCGCCAAUUAUGCUGGUAAUGGCAGCAUCGACGACGAUGACGACGACGACACUACCUUGUAUCAGGGAGGUGAUGUGCUACCGAACAGGCCGACAAGUAUAUUUGAGAACGACUUGGCUUGGGCCGGGAAAGCCAUGCAGCAGCUGCUCCGGGUCCUCGGUUUCCAGAUCGGCACAACAAGAACGUGAGGUUCAGCUUCAGAUGCCGUUGUGUGUAUAUGUUGCAAACCUUCAACUCACUUCUCUACGCAGAAAGAAACGUCGGUGCUGAGGAUUGUAACUGAAACUCCAGUAACAGCAGCAAACAUCAGCUGUCUUCCCCCCUGCACUGUGUUGCAUAUAGCAAUUACUAGGAGAUAAACAACUGGCACUGCAAGUAUGUUCAGUUUAGAAACAAUGACUAAUAAGGUGAGAGUCAUCGACUUCUUAUCCGCUUGUCGUGAAGGCAGGCUCCAUCUGUACUGUACAACAUGGCAAAUGUAAGUUCGGUACAAAGUCGAAUAUGUGGAGCAGUGGAUGUACUCUUCUAAAAGAAAAGGGUGAUGCACUUCUGGUAAACCAAUGACAUCUGUAACGGUGAAAAUGAGCUGUUGGCUGUUGCCCUCACAUUC